AUGGUAUCUGGUGUCGGUCCCAAGGAGCAGCUCGACAGGUUUAAAAUUCCCGUGAUUGCGGAGCGCCCCGGUGUCGGCAAACACAUGGAGGACCACGUCUUCUUUGGUCCUACAUGGCGUGUCAAGGUCCAGACUCUGACCCGUCUCGCCAACGACCUGAUCUACACGGCUGCUCAGUUCGCUACACCCUACAGUGUACUCAAGCAGGGUCCACUUACCAACCCGGUCUGCGAUUUCCUCGGCUGGGAGAAGACGCCUCGCGAUCUCAUCUCUGCGGAAGCCGCUGCUGUUCUCGACAAUAAGUUCCCUCCCGACUGGCCUGAGAUCGAGUAUCUGACCGCGCCGGGUUACGUUGGCGACUUUGCCAAUCUUCUCCUAACACAACCCAAGGACGGAUAUCAGUAUGCCACCAUCCUCGGUGGUCUGGUCGCUCCUCUCUCCAAGGGUACUGUCACCCUUGCAUCGGCCGACACUAAGGAUCUGCCCCUCAUUGACCCCAAUUGGCUGACUGAUCCGACCGACGUUGUCGUUGCGAUCGCGACAUUUAAACGCCUUCGUCAGGCAUUCGCCAGCAACGCCAUGCACCCGGUUUUGGCUGACAACAAGGAGUACUUCCCCGGUUCCAAAGUUGAGACAGACGCACAGAUCCUCCAGAACAUCCGCAACACUGUCAUGACAAUCUGGCACGCAAGCUGCACUUGUCGUAUGGGAAAGACAGACGACCCUAGGGCCGUUGUCGACAAGGACGCCAAGGUCAUUGGUGUUUCCGGCCUAAGAGUAGUGGACGCUAGUAGUUUUGCCUUGUUGCCUCCCGGUCACCCUCAGAGUACCGUUUACGUCUUGGCCGAGAAGAUUUCGGCCGAAAUUUUGGCAGGCUACUAG